CGCUUUUUUCCGUAUUGUCCUUAAAAACAAUUUAUCAAAAUUACAAGUUUGCAAAAGAACCAAGAAAAACGAAUACUUUUUGUCUACUCACGCUGCGCUGGGAAGGAGGAAAAAGGAUGCCGGAAGAGGACAAGGGCAGCUCCACCAGGGGAAUCCGGCGGGCGAGGCAACUCUGCGUCGACCAAGUGCUGGGUGACCUGUGCAUGGGCGACUACGAGCAGGCUCAUUUCCGGAUCAACGAGUGCCUGGAGGGCUUACAAGACCACGACGAGAUCAUGGCUCUGCUGGAGUUGAAGAACAUCGUGGUGCGACUGCGCCUGAAGGGCGAGGAUCAGCGGAGAAUAGGACCCACCCGAAAAUCGGACGCCCUGCCCCAUGGAUUCACCCUCGAGAUGCUGGACGUGGUGCAGAAGGUGCUGCGUUGCCGCAACCACUACGAGGUGCUGCGCGUCUCGCACCACGCCACCUACUCGGAGGUGAAAAGGGCCUACCAUAAGCUGGCUCUGCGCCUGCAUCCGGACAAGAACCGGUCGCCGGGAGCGGAGCAGGCCUUCCGGCGGAUCAGCGAGGCGGCCGACUGCCUCACGGAUUGCCAGAAGCGGAUCGAGUAUAAUAUAUCGACGGCAGUGGGCUACUGCAAUCGUGAGGAGUACGAGGAUUAUCUGGGAAGCCAUGAGGAAGAUCAGAUCGCCGCAAGUAGAAAACCCUAUCAGGCGGCCAACCAGCGGAUGCCCCAGCGCCAGUCACUCUAUCAAACCGAGCAACUCGUCAUCGGCAUGGUGGCUGCCCUGAUUUUCCUCUUCGUCACCAUGCACUAUAUAGCAGCUCCGCCUGCUUACAGCUUUACGCCAACCAGAACCCACAGCAUUCGUCGCGUCAGUCAGACGAAUCAAAUAGCCUACUUUAUGAGCCCCAAGAGCCUGGAGAAAUACUCCGAGCAGCAGUUGGCCAAGCUGGAAAUAGAAAUCGAAGAGGUAUACAUCUCGGAUCUCAAGCAGAAGUGCAAGCAAGAGCGAAGUUUGCGGGAAACAUUGCUUUUGAGGGCCCGGCAGGGAAAUAACCAGAAGCUGCUACAACAUGUCAGCCAGAUGCCCACUCCGGCCUGCCAGGCGCUACUCGAACUGGGCAAGUCUGGACACAAUCCACUGCAGCUGGAGAAUCGUUCGCCAGGAGAGCCACAUAAAUAG